UCCACAUCGACCGCUUACUAAGAACAUUGUUGUUCUUCAAUGCUGGGAAGGAAAAUGGGUAUAUCGAAGAAGAUAAAUUACCGACUUCUGUACUCAUUACCAUGGGUACAAACAGCGUCUAUUUCGCAAAUCAUAAUUUACACCGUUACAGAGUACACCAUGAUCAUUGCUGGAAGAAUAGGGAUUCGACACGGAUGAGGAGCGUAUCCGCGGGCCCCCG